AUGUCCGUCAUACUCGAAGCGUCGGACAACCAGCAGUUCACGAUCGAGAAGGUCGUAGCCGAACGGUCUGUUCUACUCAAGAACAUGCUGGAAGACGUCGGAGACGCCAGCGAGCCUAUACCACUCCCCAAUGUCUCCAGCUCCAUCCUCAAGAGAGUCAUAGACUACUGCACGCACCAUAAGGACGACCCCGUGGCAGCUACAGAGGACGAUAAGGACGCUUUCGAGUCGUCGCGGAAGAAGCCAGAGGAUAUUGACGAGUGGGAUGCGAACUUUAUCAAGGGGACAAAUGACGAGCUGUUUGACAUCAUCCUUGCCGCAAACUACCUGGAUAUCAAGAGUCUGUUGGACCUGGGAUGCAAAACGGUGGCGAAUAUGCUUAAGGGCAAGACUCCGGAGCAGAUUAGAGAAAUGUUCAACAUUGAGAAUGAUUUCACACCCGAAGAGGAGGACCAAAUUAGGAGGGAAAAUGAGUGGGCUGCCGAUGCGUAG